UGUCUCUUUCUCCUUUUCACCCCCAUCUCUCUUUACUUCAUCAUUCUCUCUCCAUUCUUGCUUGAUUGAUUUCACUUAAACCCUACUUACAACCCAUUUCGAAACGAUUUCCAUUGAUGAUAUCAGAGGAAAUUUUUUGUUGAUUUAAUUGAAACCCUAGAGAGAAGAUUGGUUGAAUCGAAAUGGGUUGUGCUCAAUCCAAGAUUGAGAAUGAGGAAUCUGUUUCUAGAUGUAAGGAUCGCCGGAAUUUUAUGAAGGAAGCGGUGACGGCGAGAAAUACUUUCGCUUCUGGCCAUUCUGGUUACGCUAUGGCUUUAAAGAACACCGGAGCUGCUUUGAGUGAUUAUGCACAAGGGGAAGCUGAUGAAGUCUACCAUCCCCAUUUGGGUGGUGGUGGUGGUGGAGGCGUCGGAGGUGAAUCAUCGGAGCCGCCACCUCCUCCACCGCCAAUCAUGGAGCAUCAUCUCCCUCCACCUCCGCCGCCGUUACCUACAUAUUCCCCUGUUCCGCCGCCAAUGCCUAGCUUUUCACCGACACCAACUCCACCGCUACAGCGGUCGGUUACAAUGCCGGCGAUUCCGGUUACCAAAAAGGGCGGUCGGAAGAUGAAUAACGGAGCCAUACUUGAGGAAGAUGAAGAGGAAGGGGAGGAUGAGGAGGAAGAAGAUAAUGUUAUUGAUUUAAGAGGGAGGAAAGGGCGGAAGAGUGGCGGCAGGAUGGCGGCAGAGGACGAUGCUCCAUCGCCUCUAACUCAAACUCCGGUUGCACCACCACCACCGCCACCGGAGAGCGAUAAGAUGCCUUGGGAUUACUUUGAUAUGGGCGGUAUGCCUUGGACCCAUUUGAAUGAAGAAUACGAUGAGGGUAUUGACGAAAAAGACGAGGAGGAAGAAGUAGAGGAGGAGGAGCAAAUGGACGGUGCACACCACCACCUCCACCACAACAACCACCAUCUCCACCACCAUCAGGUGGAGCCGAAAACUCCUGAGAAAGUGGUGAUGGAGGGAUUUACAACGGAGGAAGAGGAGACACCGGUGAUGGCCAAGGAUAGGCAAUUCACACAUUCUAAUACGGCACCACCAGAUAUUAACCGGAGAGGAGGCGGCAAUGGCGGUGGUGGUGGCAUGGUUGUGGGGUCAAGCAGUGUCAAUUUGUUGAAGAUUUUUGGAGACAUCGAUGAUCAUUUCUUGAAGGCUUCUGAGAGUGCACAAGAGGUAUCAAAGAUGCUCGAGGCCACACGGAUGCAUUAUCACUCAAAUUUUGCCGAUAACCGUGAUCACAUUGAUCAUGCCGCAAGAGUCAUGCGAGUUAUCACAUGGAACCGAUCAUUCAAAGGUGCGCCCAACGGUGAUGGUGGUAACGAGGAGUAUGAUGACAAGAAUGAAACCCAUGCCACCGUGCUUGAUAAGCUUCUAGCAUGGGAAAAAAAGCUCUACGAAGAAGUUAAGGCUGGGGAGCUUAUGAAGCUCGAGUAUCAGAGGAAGGUUGCGUUGCUUAACAAACUGAAAAAACGUGGUGCGAGUACGGAAUCUUUAGAGAAAACAAAGGCAGCGGUAAGUCAUUUGCAUACGAGAUACAUCGUUGAUAUGCAAUCAUUGGAUUCAACGGUUUCAGAAGUGAACGACAUUCGAGAUAAGCAGUUAUAUCCAAAACUCGUGACUCUUGUUGACGAGAUGUCGAAGAUGUGGGAGGCCAUGUGCACUCAUCAUGAAAACCAGUUAACGGUUGUUUUGGAUCUCAAAUCGCUUGACGUCUCGGGUGCACCGAAGGAGACGACAAAACACCAUUACGAACGAACCAUCCAGCUCUAUCACGUGGUUCAAGGGUGGCACUCGCACUUUGAAACGCUCGUAACCCAUCAAAAACGUUACAUCCAAGCCCUCAACAACUGGCUAAAACUAAACCUCGUGCCCAUCGAAAGCAGCUUGAAGGAGAAAAUCUCAUCACCGCCAAGAAUCCAACAUCCACCGAUCCAAACCCUCCUCCAUUCAUGGCACGACCACCUCCAGAAGCUUCCGGAUGAGCUCGCGAAAAGUGCGAUUUCAUCAUUUGCUGCCGUUAUCGAGACCAUCAUGAACCAUCAAGAGGAAGAAAUGAAGCUCAAGGAGAAAUGGGAGGAAACUAGAAAGGAGUACUUGAGGAAGAACCAGGCUUUUGAGGAUUGGUGUCAGAAGUAUGCAAUGAGGAGGGGCCCACAAGAUGAAACCGAUCCGGACCGCAUAUCGGGGACGGAUCCUAACGAUCCGAUUUCCGAGAGACGGUUUGUGGUGGAGACAUUGAAGAAGAGGCUUGAUGAUGAAAUUGAAGCUCAUCAGAAGCUGUGUGUUCAAGUGAGGGACAAAUCAUUAGGGAGUCUCAAGAUUCGGUUGCCCGAGCUCUUCCGAGCGAUGUCCGAUUACGCUCACGUUUGUCGGGAUUCGUAUAAACGGUUGAGAUCAAUCGUGCAUUCGCAGAAUCACCCGAACGGAAAUUAAGUUGUUUCGUGGCUCAUCUUAUGGUUCUAUGAUCAUGUUGUAUCCACAGUUUUUCACAAUGUGGACCGAUGUACCCUGAAAAAACUCUCCGAAAAUCGCCCCUUUUUUUGAACCAAUCGAUCCGUUCGGCAUCGGGUUUAGAGGGCAAAAUUGGAAUUUGGAAGGUGCUUUUUGAUGCAUUGUUGGCUUGUACUUUACUUUGCAAAUUGUAAGGUUGGGUAAUGCAUUUUGAAAUGGGGGAUGUUUUUAUGC